UUCAAUAGAUUGAUUUGUAAACUGUUUUGUUUUGUGGGUUUAAUAGCACAUAAUUUAUUUGAUCUUUAAUUGGAAACUUGACAAACCAUGAUAUUUUUUACCAAUUCAAUGCAUAUUGUGUUUGAAGUGUACCGUACUUCAGCUAAGCCUUUGUGAAUACCCGAAGCUCUAGUAGUGAGAUUUUCCUACAUAAUUAUGGUUAUCUGACAUUACACCGUGCAUCCUCAAUUAUGGCAGACCCAGGUUAUUAUCAUAGUGAUUAUAUUCGACACCCAGUUCUUCACGAACUCGGUGUCAAGUACGGAAUCAAGACUGAGUGUAUUCCAGAAAUAGCAUUGCCGUCGAAAUUAGAGGAGCUCAAAGAUGUCAUACGUAGAGAAAUACGAAAAGAACUUAAAAUAAAGGAAGGUGCCGAGAAACUUCGUGAGGUAGCUACAGAUCGGAGAUCUCUAUCGGAUGUCGCCAAUAUUGUUAAGAAAGCAAACAUCAAACUUAAUGAACUCAAAUCUGAUCUGCAGGAGCUAGAAUCGCAGCUCCUAUUAUCUCGUGGACAAUCAACACCAACAUCACCAGAAGAUCUGUCUUAUGACGAAGAAAUCAUUUUAGCAUCUGAAGCAGCACAACAACAAAGACAGCUUGGAGAAGCAACUACAGAUCGCAAACUUGCAUCACUUGAGAAACAGCUAAACAUUGAAUUGAAGGUAAAACAAGGUGCUGAAAAUAUGAUACAGAGCAUUAGCAAUAGCAACCAGUCUAGAGACAAAAAGCUGCUUGCGGAAGCACAUCAAAUGUUGGCUGAUUCAAAAGUCAAAAUUGAAUAUUUAAAAUUACGCAUUUCAAAACUGACCAAACAGCAAAAAGGUGAUACUGCUGGAGCAAAUGGUGAUGGUAGGAAUUCUGAUAUGAGUGGUGUUGAUGCAUUACUUGAUGAACGAAUUGCAGAGCUCAGAAAUCGUCUCAGAAUUGAAGCAGCUGUUGUAGAAGGCUCUAAAAAUGCCAUUAGACUGUUACAGAGUGACAAAAAAUUGACUGACAAAAAAGCUUUGCAAGAAGCUCAGACUCAACUCUUAGAAUCAACACAAAAACUAGACUUGCUCCGUAGGUCAUUGGAUAUGCGUAGGCAGGAACUACCUGCUGAAAGUGCAGCUUUUGUAGAGUUGGGUCAUGAAUUACGCAGUACUGCCUCAAGUCCAGGCUAUGUGAGCUUGUCUGGAGGAAGUGGAUCAAGAACUCAAUUUCUGUCAUCUGCACCUUUGAUUAGCCCUUGUGUACAAGUCACUGGUACACUCGAAGUGAGAUUGAUGGGUUGUCAAGAUCUUCUUGAUGAUGUCCCAGGUCGCAGUCGUCGUGAUCCAUUAGCCAGCCCAUCAGAUCUGAAGUCCUUUGUUAAAGGAGUAACCAUACGCAAUUCAAUGAAAUAUACUUACAGUAUAAAAGAAGACACCAGCAAUGAAAUAAUGGCAGUCUUAAAGCUGGACAAUCACAAUGUUGCUCAGACAAGUUGGAGACCUUGCUCUCAACAAGCUUGGGAUCAAAGAUUCACUAUCAAAUUAGACAAGUCAAGAGAGUUGGAAAUUGGAAUACAUUGGAAAGACUGGCGUGGUUUAUGUGCUAUCAAGUUUUUGAGAUUAGAAGAAUUUAUUGAUGAUAUACGCCAUGGAAUGGCUCUAGAACUUGAACCACAGGGACUUCUUUUUGCUGAAAUAAAGUUUCUUAAUCCUAUUAUAUCUCGUAAACCUAAACUUCAACGCCAGAGAAAAAUUUUCAAACAACAAGGAAAAAAUAUUCCAAGACCAUCUUAUGGCGAUAUGCAUAUUCCUGCUGUUGUUUUAGGAAGGUUACUCAAGAGAUCUUCUCCAUCCAUUCAAAAUAUUCAAAAUGCUCAUAUAACUACAUCACAACAACACAGUUUCGAAUCUGCCACGUUUGAUAAUAGAGAAAUUGAAAAUCCUAAUGUUACACUUGGGGGUAUGGCUGGAGUAAGGCCCUUAGGAUUACCUUCAACACCAACUCCACAACUUCCAUCAGUGCCACCCCCAAAACCUACUUUGCCUCUUCAACCUCCUCCUAAUGUCUCUACACUCAGAAUGGAAAAGGAGCUCCAAGAAGCCUUUGCAUUUUUAGAAGAUUCUUACACCAGAGACCAUUAUGUUUCAAAGGAACCACAAACUCCAUCAUGUGAUACUCCUUUGGUUGAGUAUCCUCCAUCUCCCUCUCCCAAGCUGGUGCUUGAAUACCCAAGUAAUGAAGACCAGAUUGUUGAAGUAACAAGUAACAUCCGUUUGUCAUCCUCAAGAUCAUCAUCAGUAAUAGAAACAAUAGGAAAAGAACAAGAUUCCAGAAGGCAAUCUGGCGAAAUGUCUAUGGACAGUUUCAGGCUGUUGAGUGUCCUUGGAAGAGGACAUUUUGGAAAAGUUAUCUUAUCACAGUACAAACCUACUAAUGAAUAUUUUGCAAUUAAAGCUUUAAAGAAAGGUGAUAUAAUAGCAAGAGAUGAGGUUGAUUCUUUGUUAUCUGAAAAAAGAAUAUUUGAAGUAGCUAAUGCAAUUAGACAUCCAUUUUUGGUCAAUCUUUUUGCUUGUUUCCAAACAGAACAACAUGUCUGCUUUGUUAUGGAAUAUGCAGCUGGAGGUGAUCUCAUGAUGCACAUUCAUGCUGAUGUGUUCACUGAGCCGAGGGCAGUAUUUUAUGCAGCCUGUGUAGUGUUAGGUCUGCAGUAUUUACAUGAAAAUAAUAUCAUAUAUAGAGAUUUAAAAUUAGACAAUUUAUUAUUAGAUACUGAGGGUUAUGUAAAGAUUGCUGAUUUUGGCCUUUGUAAAGAAGGAAUGGGAUGGGGCGAUCGAACUGGAACCUUCUGUGGAACACCCGAAUUUUUGGCUCCUGAAGUAUUGACAGAAACAUCUUACACUCGUGCUGUUGAUUGGUGGGGCCUAGGGGUAUUGAUUUUUGAAAUGUUAGUGGGAGAAUCGCCAUUCCCAGGUGAAGACGAAGGUGAAGUCUUUGAUUCAAUCGUUAAUGAUGAAGUGCGUUACCCCAGAACUUUAUCUUUAGAAGCUAUUGCAUUGAUGCGUCGUUUGUUAAGGAAAAACCCAGAAAGACGAUUGGGUUCUUCUGAAAGAGAUGCUGAAGAUGUGAAGAAGCAGGCUUUCUUCCGCAAUGUUGAUUGGGAGCAAUUGUUAUUGCGUAAAGUGAAACCACCAUUUGUGCCAACAAUAAAACACUUGGAAGAUGUUAGCAAUUUUGACAGUGAGUUUACCUCUGAAGCAGCUGUGCUUACACCGCCUAAGGAACCGAGACCACUGUCAUCCACAGAUCAUAAAAUGUUUGAAGAUUUUACAUAUAUGGCAGACUGGUGCUAGGUCAGACUGUAAGAAAUAAAACAAAUGGUAU